AUCCAGACUGAUGCUACCGAUGCUAAAGCAUCGGUCAAAAUUUUCUAAUAAUAUGCGAAAUGUUUCGUAAUACUCACUUUCGUAGCUUAAUCACUCAUUUAAACUUUGAAACAACACACAAGUUUAAAAACUUAAAAAGUGAGUUGAGAAUUGUCCAGCAUCGAAAGGAGACGAAGGUAGCAGCAGAAUUUGUCAAUUUGGCGCUUUUUUAUCGCGUAGCCGAUAUUUUUGUCACGCUUUAAAUUCGACAAUGUUUUAAAGUAAAAUAUAUGCAAUUAGAUAUGUAGUGGGGAAUAUUUAGUGUCUAUGCAGCGCCAGUGGGGAAUAAUUUGCGCCAGUGAAGCACGAUUUAGCAACAGUCCCGAGUCCUCUAACCGUGUUUUCCCACAGGAAGUCUAUUGUAUUCUUGUGGAAUUUGAGUUUUACUGAUGCUACUAAUGUAUUUAUACAUAUCCACUGAUGCUGACCGCCGCUUCAACUCUUGCAUGUUUAAUUUUUCAUCGCCCGCAUUUCUCGAAGCAAAAUGGCGGACGAUAUGCAAAUUAGCAGCGAACUUUGCUCAUUCUUUCGAGACGAAAAGGCUAUUCAAAUAGAGUCGAUUAGGAAGGAAUGUGAGAUGAAAGCCUUGUCAAAAGUCGAACAAACAAAAGCUUGGGAUGCCUUUCGAGGUGGUAAGCAUACUCGUGAUUUGUACGCCGAGUUGCUUAUUCCUCGGCAUAUAACGAAGGAAUGGAAACGUCAGGGUGGAGAGUUGAGAGCUUUAAAAACCCUGGGAGAUGGAAAUUGCUUAUACCGAGCAUGCUCCAAAAUGUUGUGUGGUAAAGACCAACUAUGGCAUGUUUUGCGAAUGUUGACAAGCAUUGAUUUGCCUUAACAUUUUAUAAAAGAUUGACUGUGUUAUUAUCUGCUGCUGUUGGAAGAUCCUUUGCCUUAACAUUUUAUAAAAGAUUGACUGUGUUAUUAUCUGCUGCUGUUGGAAGAUCCUUUGCCUUAACAUUUUAUAAAAAUUGACUGUGUUAUUAUCUGUUGCUGUUGGAAGA